UAACGAGUCGAUUCCGCGAGCUGGCUGCGCUGCCGGGGUCCAGCUCGUUGCUGCGGAUGCUAUCCUUUCAACGGUUUAAUCAGCACCUCGCUCGUUUUAUGCCCUUGCUAGGGCUGACAGUAGCCUAAAUGGCUUCAAUCGACUUGGGCGCAGAGUUCAAUGAAAGUGGUAACGACAUCCGGGAGGUUAGCAGCAACGUUUCGAAACCGACAAAGCGCCAACGAUGGGCAACACAACGGAGAGCCGGCGCAGGCGGCACCCGGAAGCGCGUCUCAAUAGUGGAUCGCCUGCAUAAGAAGAAUCUGGAUGCGAAGGAGGAAAUGCCGAAAACAAGUACAGCCAAUUCCCCUACGUCGAUGAAAUCACCUACUUCUCAACAAACAACUACAAGCACGGAAAGCCCUACGGGGUCUGGCAAUAGACGCAUUUACUUCAACAUCCCUAUACCGGAGAGCGAAAGGGACGAAGACGGCCGUCCCAAGGCAGCGUAUCCUAGGAACAAGAUCCGGACCGCAAAAUAUACUGCUUUGUCUUUCGUUCCGAAAAACAUUUGGUUUCAGUUCCAGAACAUUGCAAAUAUCUAUUUCCUCUUCAUCAUUAUUCUGAGUUUUUUCUCGAUCUUCGGCGUCUCUGACCCCGCCCUUAAUACCGUGCCUCUCAUCGUCAUUGUUGUGCUUACCUCGAUCAAAGAUGCCAUCGAAGACUUUCGGCGUACAGUCCUGGAUAACGAACUAAACAACUCGCCCGUAUAUCGCUUAAUAGACUGGACCAACGUGAACUCGACUGAGGAUAACGUCUCUCUCUGGCGUCAGUUCAAGAAAGCGUGUACUAGGGCGACGGUUCAGACCUACAGGGCGAUGAAAGGCCUGGCCCAAAAGAAUAAGACCUCUCAGCAACAAGUCAAAGACAACCGGCGGUUAACUUUCAUGACGACCGUUUCGCCAAGGGCUUCGAUGUCUUCCGAGCAGGACGAGGACGACGCUAUCCAGAUGACUCCUGUUUCUACACCAGCACCAGAGGCACGCCCAGAUUGGCCACUUCCAGUUGGCAACAAUGAACAGUAUUUGCAUCCUGACAAAUUGGCUCGGGAUAGCUUGGCUACUCCAGCUCCUGCAGCUCAUCCUCCUAAAGGCGGCAGUAUCGUGGAUAUGUCAAAGCAGACUCUGGGUAAUGCUCGUUUUAAGCGCGACUUUUGGAAAAAUAUUCAAGUUGGAGACUUUGUUCGUUUGUACAAUGGGGAUCAGAUUCCGGCUGAUAUUGUGCUGCUCUCGACUUCCGACCCGGAUGGCGCGUGCUAUGUGGAAACAAAGAGUUUGGAUGGCGAAACGAACUUGAAAGUCAGACAAGCUCUAAACUGUGGGCGUCAAGUCCGACACGCUAGGGAUUGCGAAAAAUGCGAGUUCGUGAUUGAUAGCGAGGCUCCUCAUCCGAAUCUGUAUGCCUACAAUGGUGCCUUACGCUGGGAACAGCGCGAUCCGACCUACUCAGACGCACCUCGAAAGAAUAUGGUUGAGCCGAUAACAAUCAACAACGUGCUCCUCCGCGGUUGCUUCCUUCGCAACACAGAAUGGGCCCUCGGGGUCGUUCUCUUUACCGGGGAGGAGACCAAGGUCAUGCUAAACUCUGGCGAAACUCCUUCCAAGAAACCUCGACUCGCCAAGGAUCUCAAUUGGAACGUCAUAUAUAACUUCAUCAUUCUAUUCAUCAUGUGCCUUAUCUGUGGUAUAGGCAACGGAGUUGCUUGGGGUAAACCUGACGCAUCGCUUGACUUCUUCGAUUUUGGGUCAUACGGAAGUACACCUGCUGUUACUGGUCUCAUCACCUUCUGGGUCGCAGUCAUCCUAUUCCAAAAUCUGGUACCUAUUUCGCUAUAUAUCUCGCUCGAAAUUGUCCGAACAAUUCAAGCUGUGUUUAUCCACAGUGAUGUCUUCAUGUAUUAUGACAAGCUGGGAAUGUCAUGUGUACCCAAGUCUUGGAAUAUUUCCGAUGACGUCGGUCAAAUUGAAUACAUCUUUUCAGACAAGACCGGAACGCUGACCCAGAACGUCAUGGAUUUCAAAAAGUGCACCAUCAAUGGAGUCUCAUACGGCGAGGCAUUUACAGAAGCGCAGAUUGGCAUUGUUCGACGAGAAGGUGGUGACGCUGAUGCUGUAGCCGCGAGAGCCCGCGAAAAGCUGGCUGCCGAUACAGUCAUGAUGGUUGACAUGCUUCGCAAAAUGUAUGACAAUCCUUAUAUGCGUGAAGAAAACUUGACGUUCAUAGCGCCAAGCUACGUCGCGGACUUGGGCGGCCAAGCUGGUGAGGAGCAACGGAAGGCAACAGAGCACUUCAUGCUAGCCCUUGCAGUGUGUCAUACUGUGAUUACCGAGCAUACUCCUGGCGAUCCUCCGCAAAUCGAAUUCCAAGCGCAAUCCCCAGAUGAGGCUGCUCUUGUCAGCACAGCAAGGGAUUGUGGCUUUACUCUUCUCGGUCGAUCAAAUGAUGAUCUUAUUGUCAAUGUCCUCGGCGAAGAGAGGACAUAUACAGUCCUUAAUACCCUGGAAUUCAACUCAACAAGAAAAAGGAUGAGCGCAAUCCUCCGCAUGCCUGACGGUAGUAUACGGCUCUUCUGUAAGGGUGCAGAUAGUAUCAUUUAUUCGCGUCUGGCCCCAGGUAAGCAGCAGGAGCUUCGGAAGACAACUGCAGAGCACUUGGAGAUAUUUGCCAAUGAAGGUCUGCGAACUUUGUGUAUUGCAUAUAGAGAUCUCAGCGAAGAAGAAUAUCGGGCGUGGAGCAAGGAACAUGACUUGGCUGCUGCUGCGCUCACUGACCGUGAAGAGAAGCUCGAGCAAGUAGCAAGCGAGAUAGAGCAAAACCUCAUGCUUAUAGGUGGUACAGCGAUUGAGGAUCGAUUGCAGGAUGGCGUUCCAGACACCAUUUCAUUGCUAGCAGAUGCAGGCAUCAAGCUAUGGGUUCUCACUGGCGACAAAGUCGAGACUGCGAUCAAUAUCGGCUACUCAUGCAACCUUCUCAGCAAUGAUAUGGAGCUUUUAGUGUUCAAUGUUCCUGGAGACCAGCUAGAGCGUGCAUCACAGGAACUGGACAACCAGCUGCAGCGAUUUGGACUGGUUGGAUCAGAUGCAGAACUUGUUGCCGCUCGUCAGGAUCAUAGACCGCCACCACCAACACAUGCCGUUGUUAUUGACGGUGACACACUCAAGUUGAUGCUCGGUGAUGAUCUGAAGCAGAGGUUUCUCCUACUAUGCAAGCAGUGUAAAUCGGUCUUAUGCUGUCGUGUCAGUCCUGCCCAGAAGGCGGCUGUCGUGCGGCUGGUCAAGAAUGGUCUCAAUAUUAUGGCCCUUUCAAUUGGUGAUGGCGCUAAUGAUGUCGCCAUGAUUCAAGAGGCUGAUAUCGGCGUCGGUAUACUCGGUGAAGAAGGUGGCCAGGCAGCCAUGUCCUCUGACUACGCUAUCGGCCAAUUUCGAUUCCUGCAGCGCCUUGUUUUGGUCCAUGGAAGGUAUUCCUACCGACGUAUGGCGGAAACAACUGCAAACUUUUUCUAUAAGAAUCUGGUUUGGACGAUUGCUCUGUUUUGGUACUCGUUCUACAAUAAUUUCGACGGCUCUUACCUUUUUGACUACACCUAUAUCGUUCUAGUCAACGUCGCCUUCACAUCAUUGCCCGUUAUCUUAAUGGGCAUAUUUGAUCAAGAUGUUGACGACAAAGUCUCAUUAGCUGUUCCUCAGUUGUACAUGAGAGGCAUUGAGCAGAAAGAAUGGUCACAACUCAAGUUCUGGCUUUAUAUGCUCGAUGGCUUUUACCAGUCCAUUAUUUGCUUCUUCAUGCCCUAUCUUUUGUACAGCCCGUCAACCUUUGUGCACUCUAAUGGCAAGGACGUCAAUGACCGGACGCGAAUGGGCGUCCUCGUCGGCUCUAGUGCGGUUAUUGCCAGCAACACCUACAUCUUGAUGAAUUGCUACCGCUGGGAUUGGUUGACGGUCUUGAUCAAUGUCGUCAGCUCCCUUCUUAUCUUUCUCUGGACCGGUAUUUACUCUUCAAUGGAAGCAUCAACAACCUUCUACAAUGCAGGGGCCCAGAUGUACGGUGCCCUGUCAUUUUGGGUUGUGCUCCUGUUGACGGUCACGAUAUGCCUCCUGCCGCGCUUCACUGUCAAAGCGUUCCAAAAGGUUUUCUUCCCCCUCGAUGUGGACAUCAUUCGUGAGCAGGUCUCUCAGGGCAAAUUUAAAUUCCUGGACCAGUAUGAAGGAACAGUUCCUCCUCGGGCGGCGGCAGCAGCAGCAGCAGCAGCAGCAGCAGCAGCAGCAGCAGCAGCAGCAGCAGCAUCUACCGCCUUUAGUGAUGAGUCGUCGACAUCUUCCGACUUUGCGAAGCCUAUUCAACCCAGCUUGAAACAAGAUCCAUUUUCGGAUGAACAGCAAAUCUAUUCGCCCUCCAUCGUUCCCACAAUUCACACUCACCGGCCGCGCGGAAGCAACGGGACAAAUUAUGCGUCAAGCCUUGACACGACUCGACUGCCUCAUCCACAGCCAGUUGAUUACAUUCAUCAAUCAUCUGAUCGAACACGACAUUCGUUUGAGAGGGUACAACAUGGUUUUGGAGUGACCAACGACUAUUCAGCAGGAGACCUGACAAGAGAGUCAUCCUUUGCUGGUGCCCAAGAACCGCAUAGCCCUCUCCAUGGUGCUCACGACCCUCCUUUCCAUGCCAUAUAAUCCCGUCUCUUAUCUUACAGCGUACAUAGCUCGAUAUCUUCCGCGCCUUUCGUUCUUAAAUCCCUCUUUUGCCCAAUGUUUCCCUUGACGAAAACCCUGUCUCCUUUUUCUGUCCAUGCAAUCAAUCUGUUACCCAUUUCUGUUUGACGAGCAAAUUCCCAUAUUCCCCGAUAGAAGGCGUUCGGUUCGGAAUUGGAUGGAGGUCCGGCGCAAAUGUGUCUUUUUAUCUUGUUUUAUAACUUUUGCAUUGCUUUCAUCAGCGCCUGGGGUCACCCCC